AUGCCAGCAAACGGCUUCAACAUGCGGCAGCACUGGAUGCUUCCUAUUGUCCUCGCUCCAAAUGUCCUCUCCCAAGCACCUCCGGCAAAGUUAGCUGUCGCUGCUAUCGAACACUUCGAAUCUUUCCAGGCGGGGCCGUUCCAGCCGCUCAUGCACAUUGACCUCGGCGAUUCGCGCCAAAAUAUUAAAUGCAUCUUCGACACGGGCUCCUCCGACAUCAUCGUGCCGAAGGCCGGCAGCGCCGUGUGCGAGCUCGCAAACCAGCAAUGUCGAAAAGCCCCUGUCGUCAUGGGGGACUUUGAGCCUGCCGAGAGCAAAGACGUUACGCAGGUGAAUGGUUCGACCUUCAACGCUAGCUUCUCAGGGGGCGACGGUUUCGACGGCCCAUAUAUCAAGACGACGAUCAAUGUUGGGGGCGCCAAGGUCGAUGAGUCGCAGGUUGCGUUGGCGGUGAAUGGAAGUCUUCCGGGCGAUUUCCCGCAGUUUCCAAUCUGUGGGGUCGGACCGGUGGAAGCGGAGCAGACGGACAAGAAGUAUGUUAAUCUGGUGGCUAAGAUGAAGGAGAAUGGGGUCAUUGAGUCUAAUGUUAUGGGUGUUGUGUUGAACCGGAAUCCCUUCGAGAAUGGCUCUGUUGUCUUUGGAGGUAUUGACAAGAGCAAGUUCAAAGGAGAACUGCAGGAAGUUCCUAUCGAUCCGGUUGAAGGUGGAAAGAUUGCUGAUUUUGUGGUCAACAUGACUUCUAUUCGGCUACAGAUGAACGAUCGCCCACCUAAGCAGGGCCAGCAGGGCCAGCAGGGCAAGGGGGGCAAGAAAGGUAAACAAGGUCAGCAAGGCCAGCAAGUCCGCCGUUCUCAUUACGGCCGGGCUCUUCCUCGGCCUUCAGAUGGGAGCCAUGGGCACCAUGUAUUAAGUAAGAGGGAAGGUAACAACGAGGACAAUGGUGACAACGGAGGCAGAGGAGGCAAAGGAGACAGAGGAGAUAGAGGAGGAAAUGGAGGCAAAGGGGAUAACCAACGGGAUAAAGGUAAUAGGAACAACGGAGACGGAGAAAAUAACAAGAAAGGAAACGGCAAAAAUAACCAAAACGGGGGAAACAACAAGAAGAACAACAAAAAUGGCAACCAAAAUAAUGGCAACCAAAAUAAUGGCAACCAAAAUAAUGGCAACCAAAAUAACGGCAACCAAAAUAACGGCAACCAAAAUAACGGCAACCAAAAUAAUGGCAACCAAAAUAACGGCAACCAAAAUAAUGGCAACCAAAAUAACGGCAUCAUAGACCUCGGCCUUAAGCCCUCCGAAACGUUUACCCUCAUCGAUACAGGCGGCGUCGGCCUCCAACUCCCGCGCGGCUCGGUCGAAGCUAUGGCUAAGGCUCUCGGUACGAGGUUCAGAGACGGCGGGCUCGACUCUGUCGACUGCGCCGUGGUAUCUGACAAUAAUAAGCUCCUGUUUGGAUUCAAUAACGACAAGACCGUCGUCAGCGUACCCCUAAGCCACACCAAACUCUCCAACUCCGUACUGAACGCAGAAGAACGAGCCUCUGGGAAGUGUUUCCUGGAUAUUAGCGCAGUAGCGCCAGGUAGUAACCUGAACAGCAUGGGGUUUCCGUGGGGGUCGGCCGUGUAUACUGUUUUUGAUUUAGAUAAGAACAGACUGCUGUUUGCGGAGGCGGUUGAGAAUUCCACGCAACCAGAUCUCCAGCCGUUUCCCUAA